UACAACAAUCAAUUUAACGAGAACAAAACUACUCCUAAAGGUGGUGAAAAAUGGAAAAAGCACAUCUAACAAACGGACACGCUGUUUUUAUGCACGAUACUUACAGGAAGAGCUCAACCUGUAGGAGGACUUGCAGAAAAAUAAAGAAUGUCAUAUUAAACAAUUUGCUUCUGUUUUCUACAAUACUUGGUGUUGGUGUUGGUUUUAUCGUUGGGUUUGCAGUACGUGAGACGCAUCCUUCUGAAAAUGCACUGAUGUGGUUAGGUUUGCCUGGGCAGCUGUACCUCCGGCUGUUGAAAAUGAUGAUAGUGCCACUGAUCUCCUGCAGUGUCAUCUGUGGUACGUCAGCGCUGGACCCAAAGGCAAACGGAAAGAUAAGCUUGAUAGCGUUUAUUUUUAUCAUAUCUACUAAUGCUUUCGGCUCCGCCCUUGGUGUAGGGACAAUAUACAUGUUUAACCCUGGGAAAGAUGGUGUAAGACACGGUGAACCUAGUGUGGAAGGGACGAUGCAAACACAGGAUAUUCUAGCUGAUCUGUUUAGAAACAUUGUACCAGAUAAUUUGUUUAAAGCGGCCUUUUCACAGACACAGACCAAGUAUUAUGUCAGGUAUAAAUCCGUACAGGUUAAUGGCACAGAUGGACUGAAGAACGAAACUGCAAGAGAAGUUACAAAGUAUUUAGGAAGUAUGGACAAUGCUAAUAUAAUUGGAUUGAUAUUUGCCUGUACACUUAUCGGUCUAGCAGCAGCCAGUCUGAAAGAGAAGGGCAAGCCAUUCAUGAACUUCAUACAAUCUGUAUCUGACACUGUCAUUGUAGUGGUACGAUGGUUUAUGUGGACGACACCCGUUGGUGUUAUAAGCCUAAUUGCCGUGUCUAUAGCUAGUAUAGGGAGUGUUGAAGAUGUUUUUGCUCAACUUGGACUCUUCAUUGCAGCUGUCACUGUGGGAAUAACUCUGCAACAGCUCGUUCUUAUGGCGGCCAUAUACUUCGCAUUCACACGAAAAAAUCCUUACAAGUUUCUUUUAAGUACGGCAAGGCCAUGGAUGAUAUCUUUUGCAUCAACAAGCACUGCAGUAGCGAUCCCAGAAAUGAUGGCUGUGUGUGAAGAGAAGAAUAGAAUUGACAAGAGGAUUUCAAGGUUCGUAGUUCCGUUCAGUGUAACGAUCAGCUGCAACGGCAGCGCCUUGUAUAUCUCUGGAGCAACGAUGUUCAUUGCAAACCUUACAGGGACAGAUCUUACAUUUGGAGACGUUCUAUUAAUUUGGUUACUGGUAACGGUAGCAGCUAUGGCUAUUCCACCAGUUCCAAGUGCAAGUAUAAUGACAACUAUUAUGAUUUUGACAUCAAUGAAUAUUCCUGUGGACGACAUCGCUCUACUUUUAGCUAUAGAAUGGUAUCUGGACAGAAUACGCACCACAAGCAGUGUCGUAAGCCACUGUUCAUGCGCAGCUGUUGUUUGGAGCAUGUGUAAGAAAGAUUUAAAACAUAUUGAUGAAAAGAAUCGUCAAAUGCACCGUAACGAAACGGAUUUAACACUUGUCAUGGGUGAUUCGGAAGAAGUCAGAGUUGAAAAUGGAAAAAUAGUAAAUGGAUUUGGCAAACAUGGAAAAGAUCAAGAGAAUAGUGACUCCUAUUCAAUAUCACAUGAGUCGUCAUGUUCUUAAAUGACUAUAAUUGUGAUUAUUAAAUAUUAACACUCAAAGGUACAGGAAUAGUAGUAACCAGUUUACUGCUUUUUUCAACUUGACAUAUGCUUUAUAUAUAUAUGUUGGCUAACAGUUAAUUCAGCAGUUAAAUUGAGUGAACGACAGUGUGAAGCCUACGAGGACUCAUAAACGAGUUUGUUAGUGUUCUACAAUUCUUUAUAACGUUUACUGCCAACGUUAAUACAUGGUCGUGUCAUUGUCAAUAAAAGAUAUUAUCUUCAAAUCUAAUGAGUUUCUAAAUACGUGUUUUUAUCAUACUAUAUUGGACAACAAUUUGACGCAUUGAUUACAUUUGCAUUUAGAAAAAAUGCUCGUGUUAUAACAUCCCGCGAACAGACUCGGUCAUGCCAAGUCUAUAGCUAUAGCUUUGCUGAUAGUAAAAGAUCUA